GGCCUCCUCUUUAGGAUCUUGAAAGCUUCGUAGGAAGAGGAUGGUAUUUUUGACAAAGGAAGCUAACAAGGAACUUAGGAAUUGGUAAAUGGAUUCUAAUUGAAUUUUUCUCUUGCAAAUGAUAUGAUGCACUGGUUUGAAACAAUAUGAACAUUGCUGUUGAUCAGAAAUCUAAAGGGGGUAGGCUAAAUUUUAGGUCGAUAGCGGCGUGCGCUGACCUACCCUCCUCUGAAUCCCUGAAUAACAGAUCCUCUGUGGACCAUGUUAUAACUAUUUUAACAUCUUAUAAAAUACCCAGAAAUAACCUGAUCGCAAAGGAAGAAAAAAGAAAGUAGUGCGUACGCGUACUCGUGAAAAAAAAAUGAUUUGGGUCAAAUUCAUUUUGGAGGUUCCCUUUCUCCGUUCGAGGACGAAACUUCCUCGCAGGAAGUGGAAGACUUACAGUUUCGUAACAUAAAGAUGCACACGAUACCCUUCUCUUUGCGAGGAAACCGUUAGUGUCAUUGAUUCACGUAUUUUACGCGUCAUCGAUCAACACGAUCACGAUUUUCACCGUUUAGCGUCGUUUCUACUUGCUAACUCAAUUCUUGCACAAUAGUAGACUUAUGUUGCAGGAAAUAGUGAUGCAAAAAGUUUCAUGAAAUUCGGAAGAAAUCGAAAGGAAAUUUUUUUUUUUCUUUUUUCAUUUUUCUUUUUUUACCACCAGCAAUCUAUGUUAAACGUUUAUUAAAAAUGAUGAUGCCAAUGAUAAAAAGAAUUCCAUGAGAACCGCUGUAAACGGGGAAUCACAAGGAAGAGUGGACGAUUUAAUCGCGACUUCAGGAUGGCUCGCGAUGCCACCAACAAGCACGUAACAAGCCUCGUAAGUCUGGUGAAUGGGAAAAAGGACAAGUGUCGUUUGUGUCCAUACGUAUCCAUACGUAUCCAUACGUAUCCAUUCGUAUCCAUAUGUACAUAUGUGUGUAUGACUGAACGCCGGACGUCCCACUAGGAGAACGAACCGCUCGGAGGUAGAAAGGUUCGCGGAUUCUUUCGUUCGAUCGAAAUGCGGAACGGCCAUGGGAACAUGGAGUAGAAUCCUAAACAGAGUAAAAAGUAACAGUGCGUUAGAAAGGGAGUUUUCAAGAAAUCGAAAUUCAACCGGGUGUCGUCAGUUGCAUCAACGCGUUGGCUACAGUGCUUAGGGACAAAGUACACCUUCUUCAGUCCACAUCCUUAACGAAGCCAGAUCCUAUUAACUCGUUAUUACUCUAACGACCAUACCUGCAUGACAUAGCGGGCUCAUAAAAUUGAUCGACAACCAAAACACAUAUACGAAAACCAAAGCAGCAGUUUAAAGAGAGUAUACAAGUGCCUAUCCACAAGAAGCCCUGGUACAUACAUACAUAUAUGUAUGUACAUAUAUGUAGUUCAAGGCAUUUGCCUCGAGAUAAGCCUUGAGGCAAUAACGAUAUAUGGUAACAUUUCAAAAUUCUUUUGUACAGCAUCAAGCAAAGUAGGCUCACCUUUGAGUGUAAUGGGCUUUUCUCCCCCGUAUAUCGUUAUUUUCCAGAGAAAAACGUACGAGUAAGAGUGGUAGAACAUGUUGACUAUGAGAAGCCAUCGUUACAGGUGUGUGUAUAUAUAUUUAUAAACGGUCAUGGGAAAAUGGAUCAGAACCUCGGAGAGCGUGGAGACUUACAAAAGAGAGGCAGCACAGACGCGUUAGAAAGGCAAUUUUGUAGGGACAUUUAUGGGUCACAUGAAAUCUUCCUUUAUAGAAAGCGUUCCAGGAAAAGAGAAAUGUUUUCUUAGAUGAUCAUACAAUUGUGUAAAAGUGAUCAAGGAAUAAAGAAGGAAUUUUCCAAGUGGAAGACUUUAAGAAUUUAUUAUAAAAAAAAAAAAAGAAAAGGCUUCAUUUGGUCAAGAAUAAAUUCAACUAGAGAAAUCAUCCAUCUGUUAUUAUGUUAUUAUGUUAUUAUGAGAGAAUCCCAAGAAAACUAUUAUAAUGGAGAGAUAUGAAGAUUCCAGGAAGAGCAUAUAGGAAGAAUCUAAUCCAAAACCUUUUAUCGUCGUUUUAUUUAAAGGAAACCUAAAUUGCAUAGCUUUUCAUUUUCAAGAGAUUCUGUGGCUUGUUGACGUUAUAGUUACGUAAUUACUUUUUGCUGGAGGUGUGCCCUAUUUUACGACUUGAGCAAUCUACAAGAUCGACUUCUUUCUCUCACAAGGCAAUAAUCGUGAAAUUAUCAGAAAAAGGAUAUUUACUCUGUAACUAAAAACCGUAAUGAGAACUGGAGACCUGGUGAUUUCAACAAUUUUUCAAAGAAAUGAAAAUUGUAGGGGAUAAUAUUGAUAAAUUGAGAGAAUACGUAAGGAUACGUUGAUAAAUUUAUUAUAAAUACAUUGUAUGUAUUAAAAUGAUAUAUUGUCAAAGCUGUGUUAUCGAUAAGAAAUAUAUGAGUGUAUCUGGUAUCACCGGAUAGUCAUCUAGUACUUAUAUGUAUAACUGGUAAAUAAGGGAUCUACUCUAUGCACAUAUGUAGGUAUGUAAAUACCUACGUACAAUGUUUAUAAUUUUCUACCGAAAGAUGUGGCCAUCUAUCGGCUAAUGACGAAAAUUUAAUACCUCCGGCUGAUGCAAAUUGAUGCUAAUUGAUGGUUAUGUUCUCCACGGUUUACAUUUGAUCAGCUAAUAAAAAUUACAUCAAAUAAUAUAAACAGCUUGAUUGAUUUAACAUUUAUUUUAGUGAUUUGUAUUAGAAUUAAUUUAUAUACUUUUCAAAUGAAUAGAAAGCUAAUUAAACAUGAAUAGGAUAUUGAGGUUACGUUCAUUUACUAAGAAUAAGAGUUUUAACAACCGGCGUUUGCAUAUUGCAAAAUACGUACUAGACGCUGAAAAUAGACAAUUAUAUGAAGAUUUUUUCCUGAUAUUUAUGUGUGAAAAUGAAAUAAAAGCGUUAUGGAGGAAACCACCGCAGUGUGUUUACGCUGGAUUCGAUCCAACUGCAGAAAGUUUACACAUAGGAAAUCUAUUGGUCCUUAUUAAUCUUUUACACUGGCAACGCUGUGGUCAUCGAGUAAUUAUUUUACUAGGAGGUGCAACAGGUUUAAUCGGUGACCCAAGUUACAGAAAAUCUGAACGUGUUGAAAUAGAAGAAAUUAUACUGAAAGAAAAUCUGAAUAGCAUUAAAGAGAAUAUUGUAAAUAUUCUUAGAAACCCAAAAUAUUUUAAUAAAGGUCAAAAGAAUCUGCUUCCUGUACAGAUACUUAACAAUAUAGAAUGGUAUAAAGAUAAGAAUGUACUCUUUAUUAAAGAAAUAGGAAAAUAUUUUAGAAUGGGCCCAAUGUUAGGUCGUGCGUCUGUACAAUCCAGGUUACAAUCUGAAAGUGGAAUGAGCUUUACAGAAUUUACUUAUCCGCUAUUUCAAGGAUACGAUUGGUUACAUUUGCAGCAGACUUAUAAUUGUAAUUUUCAAAUUGGGGGUCAAGAUCAAAUGGGUAAUAUAGUGUCCGGAUAUGAUCUAGUAAGCAGAUACAUUAAAAAACAUGUUUAUGGAAUGACAUUGCCUCUAGUCACAGCUGAAGGUGGGAAAAAAUUUGGAAAAUCUACUGGCAAUGCAGUUUGGCUUUGUCCCUCAAAAUCCUCAAGUUUUCAGUUAUACCAAUAUUUCGUUAGAACCGAAGAUGCCGAUAUCGAAAAGUUUCUUCAUUUUUUUACGUUUUUACCUAUACGCUACAUUAAUGAAAUUGUAGAAGAACAUUUUAAAAAGCCAGAACUUAGAACAGCCCAAAAAAUUCUUGCAGAAAAAGUUACAUUAUUAGUACAUGGAGAGGAUGGACUAUUAGCAGCAAAAGGAGCAUCGGCUGUUCUUUAUGAAAAUUCACUAGAAUCAUUGAAAAGAAUGAAUGCAGAUGAAUUAGUUCAGUUACUAGACGGUGCUACUGUAGUACAAGUUUUUGCUGAACCAGGUAUCAACGUUUAUGAAUUAGCGAUGAAAGCUAAGUGUUUUAAGACCAGUCACGAUGCAAGGAGGAUUAUCGAGGGUGGUGGUUUUUAUAUUAAUUAUCAAAGAAUAACAAAUACAGAAGAAGUUAUUGUACCUGGAAUACAUAUGAGUAACAAUAUAUCGCUUCUCAGAGUUGGAAAGAGAACGUAUCAUAUCAUACGAUGGUUGUAAAAUAUAACAUAACAUAAUAUAAUUUGAUACAUUAUUGGGAAAAAAAAAAAAAAAGUAUCGUGUGUUUUUUCUUCUUAGCUUGAUGAAAGCACACUGUUGCUGUUGGAUCCGCAUACUUACAAUCCAUUGUACCUUUUGCUGUGACGCCAAAACCCUACAAUAAUAAUCACGAUUGUAUGGAAAAACUAAUAAUUUAAAUUUAAUAUAUUAA